CUUAAAUGACAUCAAGCAAAGCCUACUUAGUUUAGAUUUCCAGAAGUUUGUUGGUGAAAAAAAAAUCAAACAUGAAGCAUGCAGUUUUGUUUUGUCUCAUUCUGCUUAUCAUUUUCCAAACUGAUUGUGAACAAAGAGAACAAGGUACUGGGAAGCAGAGGAGGAGGAUACAUCAGAGAAGACUCAGGAAAAGCUCCUCACUCCACCACAGAGCAAACAGGCAGCUUGGAAAUCAGCAAACUGCUGCAGCAGCAAAAGCUGCAUUACCCACUACCAACUCUGACUACAGUGUGGAGGGAAACUUAGAAUCCCUUCUAAGUCCUCUUGGAGUAGAGUCAAGUUACAAUGUGUUACCAGGAAAGAAAGGACACUGCUUUGUGAAGGGAAUGAUCAUGUACAACAAGGCCAUCUGGUCUCCUGAGCCCUGCAGCACCUGCCUCUGUUCAAAUGGAAGAGUACUUUGUGAUGAAACUGUGUGCCACCCCAAGACGUGCCCCUAUACCAUUAAGCCAGAAGGAGAAUGCUGCCCCAUCUGUUCUGAUGCUGAACAAAGAGAAUCCGUUGACAUGCUUCACAAGCAAGUGAAACCUCCUCAGAUGGAAAUGGACCAAAUAGUUAUAAAAGAAGCUCUUCAAUCCGAGGAGGAAGAAGAAGACAUGAAAGAACACAUGGAGCACAAGAACGAAACCUCUGGGCCUACUACACUUCACAGUGAUGAGGAAAAAGUGGAGGGAAAGCUGAGGUCUGAGGAGGAAAGGCGGUCAGCACGUCAACCACUCUACCAUGGACGAGGGGAGGAAGAGGAUGAUUAUGAGGAGUCUGAAGGGGAAGGAGAAAAGGAAGAGGAGGAUGCCAUAAGAGGAGAUGUGUUCCGAAUGUCCCCCAGGUUAAUGCCUGGUACUCCAAGAGGCAGGCCACGCCUGCCCGGAAGCUGUGCCCUGUCCUACAAGACCAUCAGCUGCAUUCAUGCGGCCUUCACCCAGAUCCCACCAAUAACAGCACCAGAAGUAACAAGCCUGGAGCUGGCUGGGAAUUCAAUCAUUUCCAUUCCGGACGAAGCAUUUAAUGGAUUACCAAAUUUGGAAAGGCUUGAUCUGAGCAGAAAUAAUAUCACUUCUUCAGGCAUAGGUCCAAAAGCAUUCAAGGUUUUGAAGAAGUUAAUGCGUCUGAACAUGGAUGGAAAUAAUUUGGUACGCAUCCCUUCAGAAUUACCAUCUACACUAGAAGAACUUAAAAUAAAUGACAAUAAUCUCCAGGCCAUCGAUGAAGAAAGUUUAUCAGACUUAAAUCAACUUGUCACCUUAGAAUUGGAAGGAAACAAUCUCAGUGAAAUCAAUGUCAAUCCGUUAGCUUUCAAAUCUUUGAAGAGCCUUUCAUACCUACGUCUGGGAAAAAACAAAUUUAGAAUCAUACCACAAGGUCUUCCUGCUUCUAUUGAGGAAUUAUACCUAGAAAAUAAUCAAAUUGAAGAAAUAACUGAAAUUUGUUUCAAUCAUACCAGAAAGAUUAAUAUGAUUGUACUACGUUAUAAUAAAAUAGAAGAAAGUCGGAUUGCUCCUUUGGCAUGGAUAAAUCAAGAAAAUCUUGAAUCCAUCGACUUGUCCUAUAACAAGCUUUACCAUGUCCCCUCCUAUCUACCUAAGUCUCUGCUGCACCUUGUACUAAUUGGGAAUCAGAUUGAACGGAUCCCUGGCUAUGUUUUUGGCCAUAUGGAACCUGGCCUGGAGUACUUGUAUCUGUCAUUUAAUAGACUUUCUGAUGAUGGUGUGGACCUAGUCUCAUUCUACGGGGCAUAUCAUUCUCUGAGAGAAUUGUUUCUGGAUCACAAUGACUUAAAAUCCAUACCACCUGGAAUACAAGAAAUGAAAGCACUACAUUUUCUGAGGCUGAACAACAAUAAGAUUCGGAAUAUUCUUCCUGAACAAAUUUGCAAUGUUGAAGAAGACGAAGACUCUGCUCUAGAACAUCUUCAUCUUGAAAACAAUUACAUUAAAACUAGAGAAAUAUCCCCUUAUGCAUUUUCAUGCAUAAGACUGUAUUCAAGUAUUGUUCUUAAACCACAAAAGAUCAAGUAAUUUCAAGUUUUCAUUUGCCAUUUAUAAAUUUUACUCAUGCAUUAAAAUUACAUCUUUGUGUGUGUGUGUGUGUGUGUGUGUGUGUGUGUGUGUGUGUAGGGGGUGCACAUGAGUGCAAUGCCUUCAGAAGCUAGAACAGAAGAGGGUUUUAUUUUGUUGUUGUUGUUUUUUUUUGUUUUUCGAGACAGGGUUUCACUGUGGCUUUGGAGCCUGUCCUGGAACUAGCUCUUGUAGACCAGGCUGGUCUCGAACUCACAGAGA